CCACUUCUCGAAAGAAAAAUUAAACCAUUUCAAGAGAGAAAGAAAGCAACCAAAAAUGUCUGGAAGAGGGAAAGGAGGAAAGGGUUUGGGAAAGGGAGGAGCCAAGAGGCAUCGUAAGGUUCUGAGGGACAACAUCCAGGGGAUCACCAAGCCGGCGAUCCGUCGUCUGGCCAGGCGUGGUGGCGUCAAGCGUAUCAGCGGUCUCAUCUACGAGGAGACCCGCGGCGUCCUCAAGAUCUUUCUAGAGAACGUCAUCCGUGACGCAGUCACUUACACCGAGCACGCUCGCCGGAAGACCGUCACCGCCAUGGACGUCGUGUACGCCUUGAAGAGGCAAGGCCGGACCUUGUACGGUUUCGGAGGCUGAGGAAUCAAUCUUUCUAGUGUUAGGUUUCGACAGUUUUCUAUUUGUGAAUGGUGAAAAAUGUCUCGAAUCGUUGUUAUUAUAAUUGUUUGAUUUUCAAGAUGAACGAAGCUUUUCGAAAUAUUCUUGCACCAA